AUGACGGCCACGCAGAUAUAUCCGUCUAUCGCUCCGACAACAGAAUCGGAGCUUCUCUACCAAUCGCAGCAUUUCGAUCCUCAACCACAACCCAGUUUUCAGCAACAGCAGCAGCAGCAACAGCAUUCAUAUUUAGAUCCUGCCCUGGCCCAGCAUGAUCUUAGAGUAUUCACUCAAGGGCUGGCGCAGAAUUCGAGCUAUAAUACCCCAAUAGCGCCAUACCCGGCCUCGGAUAGUAGUGAGGGUUCGAUUGAUAUGUGGGGGGGUGUAAUGAAUUGGGUCGAUAGACAGAAUGCCGCCAUACCUGUGCAUCCAUAUCUGCACGCUCAGCCCCCACCAUCAGCACCUCUAUAUGCCAAAACACUCUCCUCGCCCACACAGUCGCUUUCCCCAAGGGAACCAAAUGCCAAGCGCGAUGCAUCGACUGCAGCCUCAGCACGAUUUCGCCAGAAAAAGAAACAGAGAGAAAAGAGCCUAGAAAUCAAUGUCAAAGAACAGAAAGAGAGGAUUGAGAUGAUGGAAUGUAGAAUAAAGGAACUAGAAGGCGAAAACGGAUUUUUAAAGGAAUUAGUUAUGGGCCGAAUCAAGUGGAAAGAGGAGAGAGAGAGCGAGGAAGAGAAUGGCGAAGAGAAAAAGAAGGAAAGCGAUGAUGAAAAUACGGAGUAA